GGCUCUGCAAUCCCCCGCAGAGGAGCGAUUGGACGGCGCCUUCCUGGGAGGGGGAGUGAGCUUCCUCCUGACGCCGUUUCCGGAGGAGAGGGGGGCGAAUAUAUAAGCCAGGUUGCUGCUGCAGUCCUCGGUCGGGGAUUGUCGGCAACCGCUUUCGAGAAGGCAGAGGAUCUUGGGAAGGGCAAGAAGGACAGCGGAUAAUUUAUUUCGCGGCUCAACGCUCGGUCAAGGUCAGCGCCGAUCGCUUCUCAGAAGCCAGGCCCCACUCCCAUCUUUUUGCCCCGCCGACAAAGCCAAGAAGCGCAGCCGGACGGCCCCACCCUUCACCCUGCAGUCCGUAUGGCCAGCGGAAUGACUCGCGCGGCGUUUUUCGCAGCCUUCCUCUUGGUAGCCCCAGUAAUUUCACUUCCAGUAACAAAUCCAACAACUGAAGAUGACACUAAGGUGAUGGCAUGCAUUGCUGAGGUUAUUUCUAAUACAGUAGCAAAGCCCAAACCACUCUCAAUCAGCCAAGAAUGCCUAGAAACUCUCCAAGGAGAUGAAAGAAUUCGUUCCAUUCUUCGCCAUCAAAACUUACUAAGGGAGCUUCAAGAGAUUGCAGUUCAAGGAGCAAGCGAAAGAACAGAGCAGCAGAAGAAAAACAGUGGGUUUGAAGAUGAGCUUUCUGAAGUCCUUGAAAGCCAAGGCAAUGGGAACACGGAAAGAGAUGCAUCAGAGGGGACCCACAAUGAGAAGCCAACUGCCUCUUUGGCUGAGCUGGAAACGGAAAAGUCUUUUCAGAAUAAACAGAAUGUUUUGAAAGAGGAGAGAAAUAGCUUGGAAGAGAAAGAGCCAAGGAUUCGAGGUGUUGAUCCUGAGGAUGAAAAGGAGAAUAUAACAGGGUUUGAGGGCAAUGAAGUUGAUGAAAUGGAAGGCUUGCCUUGGAGUGAUGCAAUAGACAAUCGUAUCAGUGACAUCAGGCAAGAUGAUGUACUUAAGCUGACACACCAGGAAGUUGAAAAAGUUGCAGAGACAGAGGAAUCUGAGGAUGAGAAUGAGCAUGUUUUCAAAGAGAGUCAGGAAGAAAGGAAGGAGGAAGAAGAUGGUAAGGUCAGAGAGCAGGUUGAGAAGGAAGAAGAGGAUAAAGAAGAAAAGGAUGAAGUAAAGGAUGAAGAACAAGAAGAGAAAGAGAGGAAUGCUUCUGAAGAGGAACAUCCUACCAAUUCAGAUAAUGUGGAUGAUCAAAGGGAAGAUGAUAAUCAAGAUGAUGGCAAAAAUUUCUCAGAAGAAAAAGAUAAAUAUCAUAAUGUGAAAAGUAGAGAGCAUCGCUUUCUAGAUGGAACAAGGCAGGAUGAUGACUCCUCCCAUGACAGCGAUUCCAAAAGUGAAGAGAUGGAAAAAACCUCUUUCCAAGAUGUAGAAGAUGCUAAGAGAUGGAACAAGAUGGAUGAGCUGGCCAAACAACUGACUACUACAAAGCGUGCAGAGGAGAAUGAAAGUGAUGAAGACCCAGAUAGAUCCAUGAAAAUGGCUUUCAAAUCCCACAACACAGUUGACUUCCAUAAGUCUCCAGAAGAUGAAGCAAGGAGGCUUCAGAAGCAUCAUUCAAAAGAGGACAGUGAACAAGGUUUUCCACUUCUUCCCAUACCUGAAGAAAAAAAGGAUGAAGAGGGAAGUGCAAACAGGAGGACAGAGGACCAAGAACUGGAAAGCUUGGCUGCAAUUGAAGCGGAACUAGAGAAAGUUGCCCGCAAGCUCCAUGCCCUGAGAAGAGGUUAAUGCUUCGACAACAUAACAUGGGAGCAAGACAUCAGAAAUGUUGAAUCACUAUUUUAAACAAUGCAUUUUAUUUUAAGACAAUAAAGUAAUAAUGGAGGUGAUUUUUUUUGCAAAAGCCUGUAUUACAACAAAAAACAGCCAUUUCUCUUUUUUUCUAGUUGUGAUGCUUUCUUGUUUUUUGUCAUAAUUUGCUUAUUUGCUUUCUGCUUGAUUUACUAUUCAUUUUAUUUUAUAAUGUUUGGAUUAUUGCAUAAUAAGCAGUAUGAUUUAACAUACAUAUUCUCUGUUGCAAAAAGAAAAAAUGAUUUAUAGUUUCCUGUUAUUUCUUUUCCCCUCCUCUCUUCCCUUCAUUAUCAGCUUUCUAGAAUUAUUUAUCCCAUUAGAUUUCCUGGAUAAAAUUACUUGCAAUAAUUUGUUAAUGUUCUGAUUUAAAGAUAGCACUCUUGACUGCAAUAUAUUCUACGUAAAAACUAAGGAGAAAAUAAAAGACACAAUCUUGGUCUC